AUGUUGAGAGAUACUCUGAAGCGCUCGGUGGGAGGAACCCUGCCGUCGAAGUGCCUCCUAAAAGCGUGCAUGCUCCUUUUUCCAAGUCUCCUGGUCCAUUCCCUUCAUGGGUCCCUCUUGACACGGCCAGUGGCGGGAAAUGAUCAACUGGCUAUCCCAAAAGACCCCGAGGACCCGUUCGGCCUCCCGAAGAUGGGCCCGCAUCCGCCGGAGACGCCGGACGAGACGCUCCCGGUGGGAGCGAUAGUUAUAUGUAUCGGAGUCCUCGUUAUCGAGUUGGGGAGCGAGCCGUCCGAGACUCUCUCGGCCGGGCUGGGAUCGCGCCCGCCACUGACUGCCGAGAAUGGGAUGGUCGAGACUGGCGAUUUCUUGCUGAAGGGCGGCGAUAGAAGCUUGGAGGUGAUGGACAAGAUACCGCUGGAGCCAUUUCGGGUCCCUGUGGAGCUCGUCAUCGCUGACCUCCUUCUGCCGUCGGAAAGAGCGUAG